CCAAGAGGCCCUAGAGCAGGGACUGUGGGAAUAAGAAGAGAAUCUCAAAGCCUGGAUCAUAUCUCAGUGGGGAGGUCUCUGCCUCAACAAAAUGCUAUCAAGACCAAAGCCAGGAGAGUCUGAGGUGGACUUGUUGCGAUUCCAGAAUCAGUUCCUUUCUUCAGGGGCUAGCCCAGCUGUAAGGAUAGCAAAGAAGGUAAACAAGAAGGGCAGGCGUGCUGAUGAGGAACAGUCCAUUCUCCAGGAUCAACGGGAUGUGGUGACUUUAGAUGAGCUUCCAGAUUUGCCCCCCACUCUUGUCCCUGCUCCCCCAAAGAGGGCCAGGCCUAGUCCAGGCUUCAUACCACCUGAGGACCAGGACCCGGAGGAGAGGCUAGAUCAGCAUGACCGACAUAUCACAGCUGUCUUCACUAAGAUUAUUGAACGUGAUACCAGUGCAAUGGCUGUGACCCUGCCUCUUCCCAGUGGAGUGGCUUUUCCCCGUGUUUUCCAUCGCUCACAGAAAGUCACCCAGGGGAAAACAGCAACAUCUGGAAAGAGAAGCAUUUUUGCCCAGGAGAUUGCAGCAAGGAGAAAUGCUGAGGCAAGCAUCACGCCGAUGGAGAUGACUAUGCCUCCACAGAGCCAACAGGAAGGAUCUACAACAUCUGAAGUACCAGGGCUUAGGAAGCAGGCCUCAUGUGUUCCAGAGAUUAGCAAGAGGUCCCAGGGACCCCAUCUCAUCACAGGAGAGGGCCUCCAGAGCCAGGAGGCCAAGCGUGAGAUCCAGACCAUCCAUGAGGAGAACAUGGCAAAACUGCAUGCCUUGAGCCCAGAAGAAAUCCUUCAGGAGCAACAAAGACUGCUGGCUCAGCUAGAUCCCAGCUUGGUUGCUUUCCUGAAGUCUCAACGCAGCACCAAUGGUCAGGCAGGAGUGGAAGUUAUGGAAGAGAAAUCAAGGACUGUUGGCCAUGAGACCCACCAAAAGGAGCCAAAGGGGCCACCACUUCCCAAUCAAUCAAAGAAGAAAGAACCAGAGCUGGCCACCUCAGCUCCAGAAUUGCCUGUGACCCCUCACAAGGAAUGGCUUCACAUGGACACUGUGGAGUUGGAAAAGCUUCAGUGGACACAGAAUCUGCCCCCACUAAGGCGGCAGAAAACCCAGGAGGGGAUGAAGCAGGCACGUUUCAGUCUCCAGGGAGAGCUGCUGGCCCCUGACGCCGACUUGCCCACUCAUUUAGGCCUGCAUCACCAUGGCGAGGAAGCAGAGAGAGCAGGAUACUCCCUGCAAGAGAUAUUCCAUCUGGCCCGAAGCCAGAUCUCUCAGCAGAGAGCACUGGCCCUGCAGGUGUUGGCCCGAAUCAUCUCUAAAGCCCAGGCAGGGGAAUUUGGGAGUCAGCUGACAGACAGUGUCCUUCGCCUUCUGCUGGAUGCAGGUUUCCUCUUUCUUCUGCGUUUUUCACUGGAUGAUGGUGUGGACGGUGUUAUUGCAGCUGCUGUAUGGGCACUGCGGGCCUUGUUGGUGUCCCCUGGAGAUGAGGAACUCCUGGAUGACACCUUCUCCUGGUAUCAGGGAGCAGCUGUGUUUCCUUUGAUGCCAUGGCAAGAAGAAGAAGAAGAGGAAGAUGAAGAAACCCCAGCAGAAAAAGCAAGAAAGAAGAACCCUCAAGAGACCCGGCCCCCACCAGAUUUGGCCCGAUAUGAUGUCAUCAAAGGCCUUCUGGCUACUCAGCUACUUCCUAGACUUCGAUACCUACUCGAGGUGACCUACCCUCCCUCCACUGUGGUCCAGGACAUUCUUUCUGUGCUGAUCCGAGUGGCAAGGCACUCUUUAGAAUCAGCCACAAAGGUAUUAGAGUGCCCUCGGUUGAUAGAGACCUUAGUUCGAGAGUUCUUACCUUCAAGCUGGUCUCCUGUGGAGGAGGGACCAAUUUCCCGCCUACAUGGCAUGCCCUGUGCUGCUGCCAUGAAGCUGCUUCGUGUCCUGGCAUCAGCUGGCAGGAAUAUCUCUGCCCGUCUGAUGAGUGGUUUUGAUCUUCGAAGUCGCCUGUGUCGAUUUGUGUCUGAGGCCCCCCAGGAAUUGGCCAUGCCUAUCCAGGAGGCUGAGCAACUGAACACUGAGUCCUUUAGGCUCUGGGCAGUAGCUGCUACAUAUGGCCAGGGUGGGGACCUUUACAGGGAACUCUAUCCAGUACUUGUUCGGGUGCUUCAGUCCCUGCCCCAGGAGUUGAGUAUCCAGCCCUAUUGCCGACUUGCCAUGCAGCGAAUCUCAGCCUUAAUCACUCUGCUUACUUGCUUGACCCAGGCAUCAAGCAGCAACAACACAGAGCUUCAUGCCCCAGUCAGCAAUAACCCUGCUGAGUCCAACCUGGCACCUGUCCCUCCCUCAGUCACCUGGGCACAGGUGUCUGGUCUCCGUCCUCUCCUAGAACCGAUUCUUCGGCAAGUUCUGAAGGAGCUACCCCAACUUGAGACUUGGAGGGCCUUGACCCCAUUACCUACUGCCUGCCUGCUCUACCUAGCAGCCUACUAUCAGGCCUGGAGUCAGCAGCCAAAGCUGUGUCCUGGAGAGUGCCUUCAAGAUGUGGAGCGACUUUCACAGGAGCUGGUACUGCCCCUGCUGAGUCAGCCUGCCCUUCAGAGCCUGUGGGAAUCCCUUAGGCACUGCUCCCCACUCUGCAACCCACUGUCCUGUGCCCCAGCUCCAGAGUCCAUCCCUAACCUAGUCUCCCUGGGGUGUGUGGAAGGCUGUCCCCCACUCAGUCUAGCUGGAUCAUCCUCAGCCUUCUCUUUCCUCACCUCUCUCCUCUCCCUUCUCAACACCCUGGCCCGAAUUCACAAGGGGCUCUGUGGCCAGCUUGCUUCAGUGUUGACUGCCCCAGGGCUCCGAGAUUACUUUCUUCAUUGUGGAACACCCCCUCCUGUUCCCCGACUCACCCCAUUCUUUGCAUGGGCUCUGAGACAUGAAUACCACCUACAGUACCUGGUGCUCACGCUGGCCCAGAGAAUGGCUGGGCUCAGGCCAGAUCCAAGCCCAGAUGCCAAUCUCUAUCACUCUGUGGCACUAACACUUCUGAGUCACCUGCUGCCAGGCAGUGAGUACCUGGCCCAUGAACUGUUGCUGGGCUCUGUCUUCCAGCCAGAAUCCCUCCCGGAAGGAACUUCAGGGGGACCUGAGGCAGCUGACUUUUCUGACAAGCUAAACCUGGGCAGCAGCAGGAGGCCUGGAUCAGAGCGAGGGGCCCUGCUGGCAGAAGCGUGCCGGGACCUCCCAAGCAUUCGUGGCUGCUACCUGGCACAUUGCACAUUGCCUCGCCCUGCCCUGCUGCAUUCCCAGGCCCUCUACCAGGGCGAGCCCCUUCAUAUUCCCUCAUUGCUACUCCCUCUGCCAAAGGAGCCACUGCUGCCCGCAGACUGGCCCUUCCUCCCUCUCAUUCACCUCUACCACCAGGCCUCCGGUCCUACCGCUGAGCCACUUGCCCCCAGCUCCUUGGGCACUGUCACCCGUGCCCUGCAGUGGGUGCUGAUCCUGGAGAGCUGGCGCCCUUCUAGCCUCCGGGCAGUGCCUCCUGCUGCCCGUCUGGCGAGGCUCAUGUGUGUAUUCCUGAUGGACAGCGACCUGUUCCGGGAGGCCCCCAUCCAGCAGCAUGUCACAGCCCUGCUUGCCCAGCUUUGCCAGCCCCAGGCACUGUCUCUCCUCACUCUAGACUGUCCCUUGCCUGGCCUGGCCUCCUUUCCGGACCUCUAUACCAGCUUCCUUGAGCAUUUUGAAGCUGUCUCCUUUGGGGACCCUCUCUUCGGGGCCCUGGUUCUGCUCCCCUUGCAGCGCCGAUUCAAUGUCACCUUACGACUUUCCCUUUUUGGGGAACACGUGGGAGCCCUUCGAGCCCUUGGAUUGCCCCUUGCCCAGUUACCUGUGUCCCUGGAAAACUACACAGCACCCCCUGAAGAUAACCUGGAGCUCCUGAAACUCUAUUUCCAGGCCCUGGUGACAGGUUCCCUUUGCCCGCACUGGUGCCCUGUGCUCUAUACGGUGGCUGUGGCCCAUGUCAACAGCUUCAUCUUCUCCCAGGACCCAAAGAACUCAGACGCAAUGGUGGCCGCCAGCAGGAGGAUGCUCCAGAACACUUGGCUGCUAACCAAUGAGUGCCUCAAGCAGCAUCUUCUCUACUACAAGCUUCCCAAUGUGGCCCUGCCUGAGGGCUUUGAGUUAUACCCUCAGUUGCCUCCUUUGCGACAAAAUCGUCUUCAGGAUGUAACCAGUGGACUACUCAGGGACGGGGUGCCAGGGUCUUAGUGCCACAGCCCACGGAUGGGUAGAUGACCAUGUUUCCUGGAGACCCAUAAAGGAAUUCGUUCUCCUAAGUACAUACAGAUGUCCUUGAUAUCCUAGAGAUAUUCGACUCCAAGAGUCAGUCAGGCAGAAGAGCUUAUCCUGUGGAACAGAAGCAAAAGGGCCCCUCAGGCCCUGCUGGAGCCUGAUGGACCGAUGCCCUUAACUCCCUCCCGUGGCCUUGGGUCUCACACAUCCUUUUCUUUGAGGAUGACUGAGCUGUGUGUCCUGCCUCAGGGCAGCAGUAAGGGCUAGACCAGGCUGGCUGUACGUCCUCCUCCCAGACCAGAAUCGGUCAGUUCAGUGGCUGUGAAUAUGCUGAAAUAAAUCGUUUUCUUCUUUCAUACUCU